AUGAAUUGCUGCGACAAUGCGGGGCAGAAGCUUCUGCUGCAGGAGCGAGCCUGUCGUGCGUGGAACCAUCGAUCGCGUGAGCUCGCGGUUUUCCAGGAUGUUCAACAGUUGCAAAUGGAGCUGCGUAUCUGCGAUGCACUGGUGCAAUAUUUGACCAGUGUUGAAGCACAGUACUUGGGUGGUUUGCUCGAUGGUCUCUGCAACGCGGCGGCUGACCAAGUGAAGGAGCUUUUGAGUGCCUCAGCUUGGUCUGCGUCGCCUGAGGGAAAGGGCAAGAAGACCCCUGAGGAUGAAAAUAGCAAAAGAUCAACAUCGUUCUCAGACGCUGUUGUCGCUGCUGACGAGAAAAACACGGGCAAGCGUGCGGUAGCCGAGACGUUUGAGCGCUUGUUUGGUCCAACUGGUACGAAAGUUGCGGUGGCGAUGAGGAAGAUGGAAGAAAAAAUUGAAGACGGGGCUGCCACGCUGGAC